CAAGAUUCCGCAAAAUCGGGACCCGAUUUAUACUACAUCUGGGGAACGGAGUCCGAGGACUUACCACACUCCUGCAAACAUGGAGAAAGCUAAAAUAGCUGUGUAUAGGGACCACGUAUCCCCGCAAGAAUUCGAAGUACUUGGUUCUUUCGAAAGAUCUGGACCAGGUAAUACGAUUUCUAAAUCUCUUCGAAUUUUGACGUCUUGUCACAAGCUGAUGUCCUACAGAUUCCAUUUUCUACCAAUACUUCUGUUCAUUUGUGAGGGCUUUGUCAUAAAUUAUUCUUACUAGCGUUGCAAAUAUGGCUUCCCCAGAGCCCGUUGCAAUUAUUGGCAUAGGUAAGCUAUAUUGUCUGUGCAUUUGAUUUGGGAUGAAAUCACUAAAACAUCGUUCAGGUUGUCGCUUGCCAGGCGACUCAGAUACGCCAGACGAGUUCUGGCAAAUGCUUGCUGAAGAACGCUCUGGAUUUUCGAGGCCGCCUUUAUCACGCUGGAACACUGAUGGGUUUCAUUCAAAAAAGACUCGACCUGGCUCUUUGACCCCAGAAGGCGGCUACUUUAUCAAUGAGGAUGUUUGGAAUUUCGACCCGUCGUUUUUUGGUAUUGUACAAGAAGAGGCAAAGGUCAUGGAUCCUCAGCAGAGGAAGUUGCUGGAGUGUGUUUAUGAGUCCUUUGAGUCCGGUGGCAUUACCCUCAGCCAACUGUCAGGCUCAAACACAGGAUGUUACGUUGGAAAUUUCACCUCCGAUUUCAACAUACAAGCCCACCGAGACCACAACAAUUUCAAACCUUAUAGUAUGUUAGGUACCGGUUCCACUAUUAUCAGCAAUCGAGUUAGCUAUCUGUUUGAUCUUUGUGGUCCGAGGUAAGUUCCCCUUCAAGUAGUUCGAGCUGCAUAACUGAAGUUUGGCGUACAGUCUUACAAUUGACACGGCUUGCUCUUCCUCUCUUUACUCUUUGCAUAUUGCUUGCAGAGCGUUACAGACAAAAGAGAUCAACGCAGCAGUAGUCGGAGGUACAAAUUUGAUGCUCGCGGUAGACACUCAGAUGAGUACAGCAUCAGUUGGUGUUUUAUCAGCUACAUCUACUUGCCAUACUUUCGACGAAUCAGCCGAUGGAUAUGGCCGUGGUGAAGGUGUUGGUGCCAUUUUCCUCAAGCGUUUGUCUGAUGCCAUUCGAGACAAGGAUCCUAUACGUGGCGUAAUCAGAGGCACCGCUACAAAUGCAAAUGGAAAGACUAGUGGUAUCACCCAACCAAGUGCGAAGGGCCAUGAGGCUUUGAUGCGCACUGUCUAUGAAUUCGCCGGCUUGGAUCCCAAAGAUACAUCAUAUUUUGAGGCUCAUGGCACCGGUACGCAAGUUGGCGAUCCAAUAGAGGUGAGGGCUAUCGGAAAUUUUUUUUUCGAGGGUGCGGAAAGGCAAGAACUUCUUAUCGGAUCGGUAUGUCACGUCGCCUCCGUAAAAUCGUUGUAAUAGUUAACCUUUUCUAGGUAAAAACAAAUGUUGGGCAUAGUGAGGCGGCCAGCGCAUUAGCAAGUAUAAUAAAAGUAUGCUUAGCUAUUGAAAAACGCACGAUACCCGCGACAAUUGGCAUUAAAAAAUUGAACCCCAAAGGUAAAACCGGCACUCAAUCUGCAAAGAUCAUGCACUGACUACCUGUUAGUCGAUUUCAAGGAUGGAAGGAUAAAAGUUGUCCAGAAAAUGACGCCCUGGCCGAAAGGUUUCUCUAAGUGCCGUGCAAGUGUAAAUUCUUUUGGUUACGGGGGAGCCAAUGCCCAUGCAAUUAUCGAGGCGGCCGAUUCUGUCCUUCCCGGAAAGUUAACUCAUAUCCGACGGGGCCAACGCAAUAGUUACGCUGGGGAUGAUGAUGAGGAGUCGGAUGAAAUGGUGGGCACCAGCCUACGCUCACAAACGAGGGUAGUCCCCCGCUCAGAAUUUUUGCUGCUUUUCUCCGCCCAUGAUAUUUCUACGUUGAAAAGGAACAUAGAAAGAUUUCGUGACGUGGCAGAAGAUUAUAAUAUACUCGAUCUUGCCUACACGCUUGGCUGCCGAAGAUCCGACUUUUUCAACUGCGCAUACGCGGUAGCACGAGAAGAAGAUGUGGAAGAGGAUCUUAUGGAGCAUGAGAUUACUUUUGCAAAAAGGGGAAAGGGUGGGAAGAUUGCCUUCAUUUUCACCGGGCAAGGCGCACAGAAUGCACAGAUGGGUCGAGAACUCAUGUUGACAUUCCCAUCAUAUAUCGAUACGAUUAGAAGACUUGAUCGAGCAUUGCAGUGUCUAGGGGAGGAUUCGCCAGAUUGGACUAUUGAGAACGUUUUAAUGGAACCUGCAGCGACCAGUAGGAUUAAUGAUGUUGAAAUUUCUCAGCCAGUUUGUACAGCUGUUCAAAUUGCCCUCGUCGAGCUCCUUCGAGCUUGGGACGUGAUACCAGCUGCCUGUAUCGGUCAUUCUUCCGGCGAAAUUGCAUCUGCAUAUGCCGCAAAUCUUUUAACAGCAGAAGAAGCUAUUAUCUCUGCAUUCUACCGGGGAUUGGGAGUUGCUACUCUUGAGGUGAAAGGUAGUAUGCUGGCUGUUGGAGCCGGCCCUGAAGAAAUUCAACCUUAUCUUGUUGAGGGGCUGCGUAUUGCGUGCUACAACUCACCUAACAGUGUUACGUUGAGUGGUGAUAUUGAGCCUGCCACCAUAGUCAAGGAGAAGCUGCAAACUGACAGGCUCUUUGUCCGCGAAUUGAAGACUGGUGGAAGAGCUUAUCAUUCACACCACAUGUUGAAUAUCGGUAAUGACUAUCAAACUCGCUUGUCAGUCGCACUUUCCAAUUUCGGCGCGUCCCAAAACACCAACCAGCCUGAAGGUCAAAAUCCCAUCUUUUUCUCCUCGGUCACUGCCGAGAGAGCGUCAUCCAGUUUUAAGCCAGGACCUAGCUAUUGGCGCAAAAAUUUAGAAUCUCCAGUACGUUUCACUGAAGCCGUUGAAGCUGCACUAGCGGCAGAUCUUGGCAUUUCACAAUUUGUCGAAAUUGGCCCACAUUCCGCAUUAGCCGGUCCAUUGAGGCAGAUAAGAGACAGCCUGGGCAUAACGCCCAAAGAUCUGGACUACGCUUCCACUCUUGUACGUGGCCAGAGCUCUGUGACUCGUCUCCUGGAUCUUGCUGGAGUUCUUACUAUGAGAGGAUAUUCAGUCAACAUUGAGCGUGUGAACGCUAUUGAGAAACGUGAUGGCGACGCUAUUAUUACAAAAACUGGUUUGCCCAUUGUUGACCUUCCCAGGUACUCAUGGAACUAUUCUGCGGGAGAGUUAAGAGAUAAAAAUAGACCUAAUGAGGAGCAUCGCUUACGGAAAUUUAAAUUCCAUGACCUCCUCGGUGCUCUCCUCCCAGGUUCAUCUAUCGAACAACGACAAUGGCGAAAUAUGCUUGAUUCAAAGAACUUCCCAUGGUUAGAGGAACAUAAGUUGGGGCUCCAGCCUGUGCUGCCUGGAACUGGCUACUUGGCAAUUGCCACUGAAGCUGCGCGUCAAUUUUUCCAUGACAACCUAAGAAUCAAAGGCCCGUUCCGAUAUUUUUUCCCCAGCGUUAGCAUCACAUCUGCAUUAAACGUACCCAACUCCGGAUCACAGGUUGAGAUUGUUACCACGAUGAAAUUCGCGACAAUAAGUGCUUCAAUCAGGUCAAAAACAAUUGCGGAGUUCACGAUAUCGUCCGUUCAAAACGGAAAUUGGACUAACCACUGCGUCGGAACUGUCACAAAGAAGGAAGCCACUGACAUGGCCCCAGGACUUGAUGAAAGCAAACUUCAAGAGCCAAAGGCUGCCAGAACGUGGUAUCGCGGUUUCCAGAAGGUUUCUCUUAAUUACGGACCAGCUUUCAACGGAUUAAGUGAUAUUCGUACCAAUCCUGCUCUCGAAGAAGCAGUUGCAGAGACCGAACUUCUUCCAGCUGGUGUCUCCGAGCAUGAUUCUGCAUAUAUCGUGCAUCCCACAGCUAUGGACACCUGUAUUCAGGCUGCAAUGAUUGCGGCACACAAGGGUUCGUUCAAGGGUUUAAAAAGAUCGUUCGUUCCAACAUCAAUGGCUGAUGUAUCUUUAUGGUCGUGGAGGGACGAUGAUAAUAUCGCGCAGUUGACUCCUGGCAAAGGUAAAAUCCUUGCACACUCAGAAUUCUUUAGUGUCCGAGCCUUGAGUGGAUGGUGUCAACUUUUCUCUCCUGAAGGCAAGCCAUUAUUUGAGAUCAAAGAACUGUUGUGUACUCAAUAUUCAGAAGCCUUAGAUGACCUGGGAACAAUUGAUCGUCAUCCGUACCUUCGAACUGUGUGGAAGCCCGAUGUCGACAAGAUUACAUCUGACUUGACUGACGAUUCUCUUCUGGAUAUCAUUGUCCACAAACGUCCUGGAUUUGAUAUCUGCGAGAUCUGGAGUACAGAAUCAACCAUUUCCGAAAAUCUUCACAAAAUCCUUGAAAGUGGUUCUUCGCUUCGUCGAUACAAGACUUAUACCAUUAUGACUCCCAAUGACGUCGAUAUUCAACCACUCAAGACCAAGUAUGAAGCUUUCCCGGGCGUUAUCAUUCAGAAGUUAGACCUUGAAAAUAAUUCAGAGAAGUUGUUCAAUUUGGUCAUCCUGCCUCCAUCCCAUACGGAUGAGGUUGAUUUUUUCAAACUCAAAAGUCUGUUGACUUCUGAUGGAAAAAUACUGCUCUAUAGGUCAGGGGAUAGCAGCGAAAAUAUCAUCGGACCGGACUUUGAAUCUGGUGGAUUCUUCACUCUUCUGCAAGAUCAAAAGUCCUUGCUGAUGAGUCCCCACCAGAAGGCCAGUCUUGGCCCGGCCACAGAAGAUAUUGUACUUGUAACAAGGACUUCUCCAACAACAUUUGACUCUCAAGUCUAUUCGGGAUUGUUAAAGACUGGGAGGUCGGUUAUCUCAAAGUCUCUGCAAGAUUCUAGUUUCCACGCGAAUCCAGAGGCAAGCUACGUUUUCAUCGUGGAGUCUGAGUCUAGUCUGUUCCACGAAUCUCUGACUAGCCAAGAGCUGGCAAAAAUACAGUCAAUUGCAAGUGAGGCACGAAAUAUAUUAUGGCUUACUCAUGGUAACUUGCUGGAUGGAGGUGACCCUGAUGCUGGGAUAGUCAUCGGACUGGGUCGUUGCCUCCAGACAGAGCAUCCGACUCUGACUUUCAAGACUCUUGACCUGGAUCAUCGAGAUCCUGCACAGACCAUUUCAAACAUAACAACUAUCCUGGACGCAGCUGUUGGCGGUGAUGAAGACAAAGAAUUCAUGGUCAAGAACAAUGCUUUUUAUGUCAGCAGACUUUCUCAAGACCAGUCAUUGGAUGAACAGUUUGUUGCUAGACUUGAAAGUGAGCCAAGUAUGAUCCCAUAUGACUCAGAAAAAUGUGUCCGCUUGGGCAUCGAACGUGUUGGUAUAUUCGACACAAUACAUUUUCAGGACGAUAAGUGGGAAGCGCCGCUCAAUUCUGGAGAAGUCGAGAUAGAUGUAAAAGCAGUCGGAUUGAACAUGAAGGUAAUUGACAAUGAGAUCUUUUUGGGUUCGUCAAGCUAAACUUUUACAGGACUACGCAACGCUUGUAGGUUCUUAUAACUCGGAUCUCCUUGGUUUCGAGGGUGCCGGUGUCAUCAGAAAAAUUGGUCCUGGAGUCAGAAACGUAGCAGUUGGUGACCGUGUCAGCUGGGCUGGUCCUGGGAAGUUCCGUAACAUCGAAAGAUAUGACUCCAGAUUCGUCCAAAAACUUCAGCCCAAAGAGACCUUUGAACAGAUGUCAAGUAUCAUGGUUCCAUUUGUGACUGCUAUCUAUGGACUAAUCCAUCUUGCCAAGCUUCAGCCUGGUGAGUCUGUACUAAUUCACUCUGCCACUGGAGGUGUGGGACUUGCAGCAAUCCAGAUUGCCAAAAUGGUUGGUGCAGAGAUAUUUGCUACUGUUGGAACACCGGAAAAGAAGGGAUUCCUAAUGCAAGAAUAUGGUCUUCACGACGAUCAUAUCUUAUCAUCCAAAGAUGCAAGUUUCGCAUCUGAUAUCAUGCGAAUUACUAAUGGCCGCGGGGUUGAUGUAUCCCUGAACUCACUUGUACAUGAGCAGCUGAGAGCCACAUGGAACUCUAUAGGACAUCAUGGUCGUCAUAUCGAGGUCGGACAAACCGAUAUUCUAGACCAAGGAAUGCUGGAUAUGGGUCCCUUCAAGAGAGGGGCUUCGUUUAUUGCUAUGGAUUUGGUUCUUGCGUUCGAACAAAAGCCAGAUGUGAUGUCUCAGUAAGUUUACUCAUGCAAAUCAUCGCAUAUUACCGCUGACAUCUACAGGUUUCUGAGUGAUGUCAUUCAAUACUAUCGGGAUGGCAAGAUCCAACUUCUUCCAAAUACAUCUGUGUUCCCUGCUUCUGAAAUUAGCCAGGCUUUCAAACAAUUUGCCAUGAAGAAUAGAAUUGGAAGAGUUGUCGUCAGCUUCGAUACCGAGAAAAUAAAUGUAGGGUCUUUUGAACUUCAUUUAUAAUAGUGAUACUAACUGAAUACCUCACAGUUUGUCGCCAAAAGAAAGUCAAUGACGUUCAAACCAAACGGAGCAUAUCUACUUGUUGGCUGUCUUGGAGGACUUGGUCGAUGUUUAGCUCGUCACAUGGUUGAAAAUGGCGCUCGCCAUUUGAUUUUCCUUGGGCGAUCUGGCGAGGACCGUCGCGAAGCCGCAUCCAUGAUCAAAUAUUUCAGGGAUAAUGGAAUUGCAGUGGAUAUUGUAAAAGGGGAUGUCACGAACUUAUCCGAUGUCGAAAAGGCGGUUGGUUUCGCAGCUGGUCCAAUUUUGGGUGUUGUACAAGGUGUAAUGGCCCUCGAUGUGAGUUGAUUGAAAUCAAAAAUUCAUUAGAACUAAUACUAAUCAAAUGACAGGAUCGACUAUUCACCAAUCACGAUCUAAAAAGUUGGGAAUAUGCUGUACGUCCCAAAGUUACGGGAACUUGGAAUCUUCACAACGCCGUUGCAGCCCACUCCCUAGAUUUCUUCGUCAUGCUCGGUUCCACGGCUGCUUUAUCCGGUUUCCCAACCCAGAGCAAUUAUUGCGCGGGAAAUUCUUUCCUCGAAUUCUUUGCAAGAUACCGUCAAAGUAAGGGUCUACCAGCAACAACAAUCUCGCUCACUGUCGUCACUGAAGUUGGAUUCGUGAGUCAAAAUGAAAGAAUUGAAGAUGGUCUAGCAAGAAAUGGAGUCCACAACAUCAACGAAGCUGGUGUUAUCGAUCUCAUUGAAACAGCCAUCAUGAAAGCACCACCCUCAUCUUGGAACUUCGAUCCACUAGCCAAUAACUUCAUCGUCUCGGGUCUUGAACCCCUUCAACUAAGUGCUAACCUAGAUAUCGACGGCAUCCCAUUCUGGCGCCAACCACGUAUCGGACCUGUCCUCAACGCCAUUCUAGCCAAGAAAUCUGGAGAUGAAAGCGGUUCCGGUAAAGGUAAACGCAGACUCCUGUUACCAGAUAUUCUGGAGCUGGUAGUGGAGAAAUUCUCCCAGACGUUUAAUCUAGCUGUGGAAGACGUCGACACCGGUACGGCCGUGGUGAAAUUCGGCAUGGACAGUAUGAUCGGAACGAGCCUUCGUACGUGGUGUUAUAAGACUUUGGGGGCGGAUAUUACGUCUUCGGAGUUUAUGAGCUUAGAUUUGACAGCUGAAUCAUUAGCUCAGAGGAUUUAUGAUGUAAGGAAAGCUGCAUGAAACACUUUGUAUUUAGUUCUAUAUUCAUAGACUUGUUUUUUUUUUGAUAUAUUUAUUCUACUCUUGUGACUUUAUAUUGUUAUUCUUAAGAUUAUAAAUAAACAUUCAAGAUGAUUCUGUUCUAA